AUUCAAUGUUCAAAACACUCAACAAAUCGUCAAAUUUAAACAGCAAUUAACAAAUGCGCUCGAAAAUCCCGAUUUGUAAUAAUCUAUCUACGCAGCUCGACCAAAUUGAUAUCGACACAGCAGACUGUAGUUGGAAUUGGUCAAUGUGAACGAGCACACACUGUCGAAGGAGGAAUAUAAGAACCGAAUUUUGAUGUUUUUAAUUUACGUCAUCCACAGGUGUCUGUUUCAAGGUGCUCGAGUCGAAUCUGACAGUGGCUGUGAUUAAGUGAACCGAGUUAACAAUUGUGUGUACCUAUUCGUUAUUUACCAAACUGAAAGUUAUAAAACAGAAAUAUGUCACCUGGAAAACCCCUAAUAGUCCUAGCAGCAAUAGCCACAGUAGUUUUCGCGCAAGGCAAGGACUUGAACAGUUUAAUCAAAGAGCUAAAAGCCGAGCAGCGGGAGGGUAGUGUGGAUAACCAAGCAGAUGUAGAUAAGAAGAUCCAGGAUAUCUUUGGAACUUCGGAUCCAAAUCCGCCUUCACAACCAAUGAUUUCGACGACAGCUCCACCAAAUUUGCAGCCAAACUCAGGGGGGAUACCAGGGACAGGCAGUUGUACUUGUGUGCCGUAUUAUUUGUGUAACAAUGGCUCUAUCAACACCAACGGUGAAGGAGUUAUUGAUAUUAGGAUAAACGAGGAAUCCGCUUGCCCAAGCUACAUCGAAAUAUGUUGCGACAAAGAGCAACAAACCAGGGAACCUCUCCUACCAGAGCCCAAACCGAACAAGAAAAGAGGUUGCGGUUACCGCAACGAAGAAGGCGUUGGUUUCAGAAUCACCGGGGAUAAAGAUAACGAAGCCCAGUUCGGCGAAUUUCCCUGGAUGGUAGCUGUAUUAAAGGAGGAAGUAGUGGAAGGAAGCAAUCAGAACCUCAACGUGUAUCAAUGUGGAGGGGCCCUCAUUCACCCCCAGGUGGUGGUGACAGCAGCCCAUUGCAUCGCCCAGAAGAAAAAUCAAUUCAAAAUCAGAGCUGGCGAAUGGGACACGCAAACCACUCAAGAAUUGUACCCGCAUCAAGAUCGUGACGUGGCCAGUUCCGUUAUUCACCCUCAGUAUUACGCCGGCGCUUUGUACAACGACAUUGCGUUGUUGUUCUUGAGGCAACCGGUUACUCCGGCUGAAAACGUUGACGUCAUCUGUUUGCCGCCAAAAGGCACGGUCUCGGAUCAUUCCAGGUGCUUUGCCAGCGGCUGGGGAAAAGACGUGUUCGGCAAGCAGGGGAAGUACCAAGUGAUCCUGAAGAAAAUCGAUCUUCCGGUCGUGCCUCGCCAGACCUGCCAGGACAAGCUGAGGACCACCAGGUUGGGGAAGUACUUCGAGCUUCAUCCUAGCUUCAUAUGCGCUGGGGGCGAGCCUGGGAAGGACACGUGCAAAGGCGACGGUGGCAGUCCUUUGGUGUGCCCAAUUCCUGGCCAAACUGACAGGUACUACCAGGCCGGUAUUGUGGCCUGGGGUAUCGGCUGCGGCGAGAAUAACACCCCAGGGGUGUACGCCAAUGUUGCUUCCUUCAGAGACUGGAUCGACGAGCAGAUGAGAAAAGCCAACGUCGAUUUCGAUUCUUAUUCAUAUUAACGCAUUGUUUUUGACUAAGUAACUUUAAUAAUAAAUUUUAAUACAUUGUGAAAUGACUGUUUAUUUCUUCAA